AUGUCUGUCAACGUGGAAGCAUGGGUCUUGCUAUCACUGGCACUCGCAUUCAUAAUCGUGCGGAUCAUUGUUCGAUGGAACCUGGUUGGGAUCUCCCAGUUUCAGCUGGAUGACUACCUUAUGCCAGUAGCCGGUGCGGUCUUCACUGCGGAAGUAGUAGCCGCAUACCUCGUCGUCGCUGACUAUAGCGGCUUGACGAACAGUUACAUGUCCACCGAGGAACGGGCAAGCCUUGAUCCCAGCUCGCAUGAGUUUUCGAUGCGCGUCGCAGGCUCCAAGAUCCAGGUCAUUGGAUGGUCACUUUAUGUGGCGAGUCUUUGGUUAAUCAAGUUCUGUUUGGCGAUCUUCUACUCCCGUUUGACAACUGGACUACAAAACCUGCCCACUCGCGUUCGCGGCGCUUAUAUACUCCUAGGAGUCACAUGGCUUGCGGCGCAGUUGUCUCUGCUACUUUCAUGUCAGCCUUUCCACCGCUUCUGGCAGGUUAACCCCGAUCCCGGAAAUAUCUGCCAGCCAACAAAGUCUCCGGUUUAUGUCUACGUUUGCGUGAUUUUCGAUAUCAUCACCGAUCUAUAUCUCUUGUUGAUCCCGUUGCCUCUUCUUUGGGCUGUCAAGAUUAACAUCAAGAGAAAGAUUCCAUUAAUCGCUCUGUUUUCCGGGGCUACUUUUGUUAUGGUCGCAACUCUCAUCCGAGCGGUUGUCAUUGUCAGCGCCGGUCCGGAUGGUGCCGUCUCUGGCUCGAAAUGGGCUUGCCGUGAAGGCUUUGUCUCUAUCAUUGUCUCCAACCUGCCGAUUAUCCAACCCCUCAUCCGUAAACUCUUCAGCAAGAUUGGUCUUUCCCAGUUGUUCAGUUCUUCGGGCAAGCCGAACACCCAGUCAUACCCUCUUUCCAGUCGAGGCUUCCAGACCAUAACCAGCAAGUCCGGAACCGACACCAAGAAGGGCAAGUCGAAUGCCGGAGCCGUAACGGGUACUCUGAUCUCGGCAUGGGGCAGCGAUGAACACAUCCUGAAUGAUUCCCCGCCUACAUCUAAGGAUAUUACUGUCGUGUCGGAGACGGUUGUCCAGAGCGAGCCUUGGGAUGCCAACAAACACUCCCCUCCUCCCCGCAGAGAAUGGGAUUCCGAGUUGUAA